AUGUACUUCACAACACUCUUGUCAGUCACCUUACUGUUGGCGGCGACAGAGGCCACUGGUGUUGCAAGGAACCCGUACAACUGCAUGAGCUUUGUGGUCCCCGUUCCUGUCGACAAUGUGACGCUUGUUGUGCCACCAUUCCCAGAUUUCCCGGAUCAAUAUGCCGCGACGGCUUUCGCCAACGAAGUCACCAAGCAGAUCACUUUCCCGGGCCCUUCGCCUGAUGCCAACCUGACCACCCUGACCACCACAUUCGACAUCAGCGCCGAGUAUUGCACUCCGGCAACCGCAAACCCCAAGAGUCCGACGUUGCUAAUCCUCACUCACGGUAUCGGCUUCAACCGGUCCUACUGGGACUUCUAUCUGCCGGGAACGCCUGAUGAUGCGCAGUACUCGUAUAUCAACCGUGUCACGGCCGCCGGGUACAGUACCCUCUCCUGGAAUCGUCUAGGUAUUGAACCAUCAACGAUUCCGGAUCCUUACCGGGAGCUACAGAGCCUAGUUGAACUUGCGGUCUUGACGAGCCUUACCACCCUGGUACGAGCAGGCAAAAUCGCACAGGUGCCCCAACCACAGAAGGUGGUACAUGUUGGUCACAGCUGGGGAAGUAUUCUGAGCAAUGCGCUCGCCGCAGUUGCACCCGGUCUCAGCGACGGUCUGGUCUUGACCGGUUAUUCCCAUCUCGUGACUUACCAGAACCUGUUCAUUGCCGAUACGUCCUUCCACAUUGCUUCGCAGAACCAGCCGGAUCGGUUCCCCAACCAGACAUACUCGACGGGCUUCUUGACUUGGCCCGACAAAUAUGCCAAUCAAUUCUCAUUUCUCCUGUAUCCCUACUUCGAUCCUGUCGUCCUGGACCGUGCUGAGGAGACCAAAUAUCCUUUCACAGUGGGCGAGUUUCUCACCGCCGCCACCCUACCCUUGGAAGCUCCGCAAUUCCAGGGUCCGGUGUUGUACCUCGCUGCUGAGGCCGACUUGAUCUUCUGCGCUUCGAAUUGCACGGCCUUCUUCGGCCCAGAUAGUGCGGCAGUUGAAGCCUUUAAUGGCAGCAAGAGUGUCGAGACGUACAUUCAGCCACGGGUCGGGCAUGGAAUCAACUUGCACAAGAACGCCACGGGUGCGUACGAUGUCGUUCUCGAUUGGGCUUCCCGACAUGGAUUUUGA